GUACGAGGUCUCUCAGAAUCAUAAAAAAAAACACACACACUGUGAACGGCGUGUUAUCUCAGAGAACUUUGAUCUGAAGUUGUGUAAAGGUAAAUGAAGAAAAGAAAAAAAUCACUCCAGUUAGGCAGAUUCACAAACUGUCAGUGUGUCCUCUGUCCUCGUAUCGUGGACUGCUUUUAGAAAAGCAACGAGGAUGAAGAGGGUGAAUCACUGACACGACAUGAGCUUGGAUGUCUUCAGGCUUGUGAGCUAUCAGAGGAGAUCUUCAGCUGGACUGGAGUUUACCACAGAAAAGAAAAAUAAACCUCAUCAUCAUCAUCAUCAUCAUGGACAGAGAAACUGGCUUCAGUCACAAAAACAGCUUUUUACAGCAUCAAGAUACAGAGUUGUUCUCCUCUGAAGAAGACAGCAGUCUGUACUUCACCUACAGCGGAGGGUGCAAUGAGCUGGAAGUCAACAACCUGCAUUAUCAGGUGGACACGGCGGCUCAGAUCCCCUGGUACGAGAGGCUGUCUGAGUUCAAACUGCCCUGGGAGAUCGGAGGGAACAAGCAGAUGGCCAUCAACAACCUGAGUCUGCGAGUCCACAGCGGACAGAUGCUGGCGGUCAUCGGCAGCUCGGGCUGCGGCAAGACAUCUUUGCUGGAUAUUAUAACUUGUCGGGACGAAGGAGGAACAAUGACAUCCGGUCAGGUUCUGAUUAACGGGAAGCCCAACACCCCACAGCUGGUGAAGAAAAACAUCGCUCACGUCCGCCAAGACGACCGUCUUCUUCCUCACCUCACCGUCCGUGAGACCCUCAGCUUCGUGGCCCAGCUGAGGCUCCCCACUUUCUUCACACAAGCUCAGAGGGAUCAAAGAGUGGAUGAUGUUAUCGCUGAGCUGCGACUGCGCCAGUGUGCACACACCAGGGUGGGCAAUGACUAUGUGAGGGGGGUUUCUGGAGGAGAGAGAAGGAGAGUCAGUAUAGCUGUGCAGCUUCUCUGGAACCCCGGGAUUUUAAUCCUGGACGAGCCAACUUCAGGUUUGGACAGCUUCACUGCCCACAACCUGGUCAUCACUCUGUCCCGCCUCGCUAAGGGGAACCGUUUAGUCCUGCUGUCGGUCCACCAGCCUCGAUCAGACAUCUUCCAGCUCUUCGACCUGGUCGUGCUGCUCUCUUCAGGUUCAGCUGUUUACUGCGGGGCAGCUCGAGACAUGGUGCCUUACUUCACUGCUCUGGGGCACCCCUGCCCACGAUACUGCAAUCCCUCUGACUUCUACGUUGAUCUGAUCAGUAUAGAUCGGCGCAAUCCAGAGCGAGAGGCUGAGAGAUUGGAGCAGGUCAGACUUUUGUCUGAGCAGUUUAAAGAAAAGGUCCGAGACACCACUGACCACAUGUGGAAACCAGCGGAAAUCAAUGCAACACAGACCGACAGUGUCCAGCAGUCAAGCAGAAGUAGAGAGGAACUCAUCACUAUUUCGAGGGAACAUAACGAGCUGCCCGGUAAACUGAACCAGUUUACGAUCCUCAUCAGGCGUCACAUGUAUAAUGACUUCAGAGACCUGGUCACCUUGUUGGUCCACGGCUUCGAGGCCCUUCUCAUGUCACUGCUGGUCGGUUGUUUGUAUUUCGGGGCCGGAGAAGAGCGUCUGAACAUCCAGGACACAGUGGCCCUCCUCUACAUGAUCGGAGCUCUCACCCCGUUCGCUGUGGUGCUGGACGUCAUAGCUAAAUGUCACACAGAGAGGGCCAUGCUCUACCACGAGCUGGAGGACGGCAUGUACUCUGUCACCUCUUACUUUUUUGCAAAGGUCUUGGGGGAGCUCCCUGAACACUGUGUGUUCACCUUGGUCUAUGGUCUGCCCAUCUAUUGGUUAGCAGGCCUUAACGAGGCUCCAGACCGUUUCCUGCUCAACUUCCUGCUGGUGUGGCUGAUGGUUUACUGCAGCCGAGGCAUGGCCCUGUUUGCAGCUGCCGCGCUGCCCACCCUGCAGAUCUCUGCCUUCGCAGGCAACUCUCUGUUCACGGUCUUCUAUCUGACUGGAGGGUUUGUCAUCAGCUUGGAGAACAUGUGGCUCGUGGCCUCGUGGCUCUCCUACGCCUCGUUCAUGCGUUGGGGCUUUGAGGGGAUGCUGCAGGUGCAGUUCAGAGGCAACAAGUAUCCCGUCACCAUAGGGAACAUCACAUUCAACGUCGACGGCAUACAUGUAGUGGAGGCCAUGAAAAUGAACCAGUACCCUCUGUUCUCCUGCUACCUGGUGCUGCUGGCCAUCUGUCUGGCCUUCAUCUUGCUCUAUUUUCUGUGCCUCAAAUUCAUCAAACAGAAGUCCAGUCAGGACUGGUGA